CAUUCUACACCGCCUCCCACUACAUUCAUUCGCCUACACUCUCUUUACUACCUCCUCACUACGUCACCUCCCACUACCUUCACUCAUCAUUACUGUCUCUGCUACUUCCACCGUGCCUCACACUACCUCCAUUACACACCACAGAGAGGUAAUCAAUCAUGGAUAAACUACCCAGAAUUCGAGAUGUUGAGAAAGAAAAGCUCUAUGGCUAUGUCUAUGCAGUUUCAGGGCCUGUGGUCACAGCCCAGGACAUGUCUGGAGCAGCAAUGUACGAACUGGUUCGUGUUGGCCAUAGCGAGCUGGUUGGAGAGAUUAUUCGACUGGAAGGAGACAUGGCUACUAUACAAGUCUAUGAAGACACUUCUGGUGUAACUGUAGGGGACCCUGUUUUGAGAACAGGUAAACCCCUUUCAGUUGAACUGGGACCAGGAAUUAUGGGCAGCAUUUUUGAUGGUAUUCAACGUCCAUUGGAGGACAUCUCUGAUCUGACUGACAGUAUCUACAUUCCUAAAGGUGUCAAUACUCCUGCAUUGGAUCGUUCCAAGAAGUGGGAGUUUGAACCUCAAAACGUCAAGAUUGGAAGUCAUGUGACAGGUGGUGACAUCUAUGGUGUCAUAUAUGAAAAUAUAUUGAUCAGACAUAAACUCAUGUUACCUCCACGUUCAAAAGGCAAGGUGACUUAUAUUGCUGAGCCUGGUAUGUAUGACUGCAGCGAUGUUGUAUUGGAAACUGAAUUUGAUGGAGAGAAGACAAAAUAUACCAUGUUACAAGUGUGGCCUGUCAGACAACUUAGACCAACUGCAGAUAAACUUGCAGCCAACUAUCCACUUUUAACUGGACAGCGUGUAUUAGAUGCUCUGUUCCCCUGUGUCCAAGGAGGUACGACCGCUAUUCCUGGGGCCUUUGGUUGUGGUAAGACUGUCAUCUCACAGUCCCUUUCCAAAUUCUCAAACAGUGAUGUUAUCAUUUAUGUUGGUUGUGGUGAACGUGGUAAUGAAAUGUCUGAAGUAUUGCGAGAUUUCCCCAAGUUGACAAUGGAAGUUGCUGGAAAUCCUGAGAGUAUUAUGAAGAGAACAGCCUUGGUAGCUAACACCUCCAAUAUGCCUGUAGCUGCUCGUGAGGCCUCUAUCUAUACAGGCAUCACCCUGUCUGAAUAUUUCCGUGACAUGGGUUAUAACGUAUCUAUGAUGGCUGAUUCCACAUCUCGAUGGGCUGAAGCUCUGAGAGAAAUUUCUGGACGUUUGGCCGAGAUGCCAGCAGAUUCCGGUUAUCCUGCCUACCUUGGUGCUCGACUAGCUUCUUUCUACGAACGUGCUGGUCGGGUGAAAUGUCUUGGUAAUCCAGCUCGUGAGGGCAGUGUCAGUAUUGUUGGGGCUGUGUCCCCUCCUGGUGGAGACUUCUCUGAUCCCGUCACAUCAGCCACUCUUGGUAUUGUACAAGUCUUCUGGGGUUUAGAUAAGAAACUGGCCCAGCGUAAACAUUUCCCUUCUAUCAACUGGCUCAUCAGUUACAGCAAAUACAUGCGUGCCCUUGAUGAAUAUUAUGACAAAUCUUUCACAGAAUUUGUGCCCUUAAGAACAAAGUGCAAAGAAAUCCUACAAGAAGAAGAAGAUUUAUCAGAGAUUGUCCAAUUGGUCGGCAAGGGUUCCCUUGCAGAAUCUGAUAAAAUCACUUUGGAGGUGUCUCGACUAAUCAAAGACGACUUCCUUCAACAAAAUGGUUACACACCAUAUGACAGGUUCUGUCCAUUCUACAAGACUGUAGGCAUGUUAAAGAACAUCAUUACAUUCUACGACCUUUCCAGACAUGCUGUGGAAAGUACGGCCCAGAGUGAGAAGAAGAUUACCUGGGCUAUCAUUAGGGAACAAUUAGGAGACAUUAUGUAUAAACUAAGCAGUAUGAAGUUCAAGGACCCAGAUAAAGAUGGAGAGCGGAAGAUCAAAGGAGAUUUUGAUGAACUUUAUGAAGAAAUGCAGACAGCAUUCCGAAACUUGGAAGAUUUCUAAUUUAAGAUCUUGUUAGUGUCAUUUUCUAAUUAAGAUCUCGUUAGUGUCAUUUUCCCAUCUUUUGUACAGAUUUUGAUUCUAACUUAGCUGUAUGGUGUAUAAAUGUUAUUUCAGCCCCUCCCCCACCUCUUUCUAUCUUCUCUCCCAGUGUACCAUUGCAGUCUGUGUUGUAGUGUAACUACUACUACAGUCUCUGUUGUAUACUUACCAUUACAGUAUGUGUGUUGUAGUGUAUCACUGCAUGCUGUUGUAAUGUACCUAUUACUGCAGUCAAUGUUAUAGUGCAUCACUGCAGUGUAAUGUACCUAGCAUGGCAGUCAGUGUUGUAGUGUACCUACCACUGCAGUCUGUGUUGUAGUGUAACCACUACACACUGUUGCAGUAACGCUACAGUUGUUGUCUCCCUUUACUUCCAGUGUUGUGUAAGUCAGGAUAACCAAACCCUACGCCCUCAUCACAAGAUGCU